AUGAUAAAACAUCGCAGGAUCCACACGGGCGUGAAGCUGUACGCCUGCGACACCUGUGGAAAAGGCUUCGUGAGGAGCAAUAAGCUGGCGCUCCACAUGAGGACGCACACGGGAGAGAGCGCGUACACCUGUGGCUCCUGCGGGGAACGGUUCAUUCAGUGCGCGAUGUUAAAAACUCACAUGAGACGUCGCACAGAUUCAAAGCUGGGGGCAGCAGAGGUGUGGACGUCCCGGCAGGCCCUGCAGGACCUUUACCAGAAGAUGCUGGUGACAGACCUGGAGUAUGCUCUGGACAAGAAGGUGGAGCAGGACCUUCCUGCUAAACAGUCCUUUCCUGCCCCCAGUUCAGCUCCACCAAUAAAACACAUCGUCACACACAGACGUCUGAUAUAUGAGAACCUGGAGACGUUACUGCAGGAGCUGUGCACCGUGUUCAACGUGGACCUGCCCUGCCGCGUGAAGUCGUCUCAGCUCGGCAUCAUCAGCAAUAAGCAGAGCAACACCAGCGCCAUCGUCACCCCUCAGCCCAGCUCCUGCUCCUACAUCUGCCAGCACUGCCUCGUCCACCUCGGAGACAUCGCUCGAUAUCGUAACCAGACCAGCCAGGCCGAGUCCUACUACCGGCACGCAGCUCAGCUGGUUCCAUCUAACGGUCAGCCCUACAACCAGCUGGCCAUCCUGGCCUCCUCUAAAGGAGACCACCUCACCACCAUCUUCUAUUACUGCCGCAGCAUUGCAGUCAAGUUCCCCUUCCCAGCAGCCUCCACCAACCUGCAGAAGGCGCUGUCCAAGGCUCUGGAGAGUCGCGAUGAAGUGAAAACCAAGUGGAGCGUGUCCGAUUUCAUCAAGGCCUUCAUCAAGUUUCACGGUCACGUCUACCUGAGUAAGAGUCUGGACAAGCUGGACGGUCUGAGAGAGAAACUGGAGGAGCAGUUUCAGAGGCUGAUCCUGCAGAAAGCCUUCAGCUCUCAGCAGCUCGUCCACAUCACCGUCAUUAACCUGUUCGAGCUGCACCACCUCAGAGACCUGACGGCUGACGGCAGCGAGCAGAGCUACAGCAGCGAGCAGCAGAUCAGCUGGUUCCAGCUCCUCGGCCUUUUCAUGUCCUUCCUGGGCGUCAUGUGCAGCCGCGUGCUGCUCAACAAGAACCGCGGGGAGGAGAUCAUGGGCGAGUGUCCGCUGCCGGCCAUCAAGGUGUCGCUGGACUGGCUCAAACUGAGGCCCAGCGUCUUCCACGAGGCCGCUCUUGUUAAACGGCAGUACGUUUGGCCCUGGCUCGUGUCCAUUCUCAACAGUUUCCAGCCCAAAGAGGACGACCUGUCCUGCUCCUCAGUCACACCCCUGCCUGAGGAGUUUGAGCUGCAGGGCUUCUUGGCUCUCCGUCCUGCUCUGAGGUGUCUGGACUUCACCAAAGGACAUCAGGGCAUCCUGGUGGACCGGGACGGCCUGCCGGUGCACGCCCGACACCAGAGACUCGUCAGCCUGGGCAAAUGGGUGGCUGACAGCCAGCCGGGACUGAUCCAGUGCAGAGUGAGCGAGGACGGCCUCCUCGUCUUCAUGACUGACAUUCCAGAAGAGGCCAUCGAGGAGCCGCAGGAAAAGGAGGUGCCCGUGCUGCAGGAGUCGUUGAAUGGCGAGCAGACGGCCAACGACGGCGGGAAUUCCGGCCUGAAGUCCGUGCUUUCGGUGGGGAAGACUCAGAGCUCGUGGCCCGACAGCAGCGACCGUCCAGUGGUCACCUUCAAAGAGAACAUCAAACCCAGAGAGCAGAGCCGUGACCCCACAAGAAACCACCAUCAGAAAGAUGGUGGCAAGGAGCGCCGAGACUUCUCCAAAGGCAACGGGGCUGCUGGGAAAGGAGAGCUGAAGAGGGACGGUAAGAGGAAGAGCGAGCUGAAGAAGAGCGUCCAUGAGAAAAUGGCCGAUGCUGGAAAACAGGUGAAGGCACAGACAGAGCUGAGGAAGACUCCGGUGUCUGAGGCUAAGAAGACUCCUGUCACUCAAACUCAAACCACCUGCUCAUCCCAGUUCAUCCCAAUCCAUCAUCCAGGAGCCUUCCCGCCUCUGCCCAGCAGACCCGGUUUCCCUCCCUCAGCCUAUGUGAUCCCUUCUCCCGUGGCCUUCCCUGGACUCCAGGUGAAUCCGGGCUUCACCUUCUCCACCGGUGUGUCCGUCCCAGGGCCUUUCCUCCAGCAGCCCGUCCACACCCAGGCGGGCUCCCAGGUCCAAGCUGGGAAGCAGUCUCACAUUCCCUACAGUCAGCAGAGGCCCUCGGGGCCGGGGCCCGGUCAGGGGCCGGGGCCCGGUCAGGGGCCGGGAUCCUCGGGACACGGCCCUUCCCAGGCUCAGCAGGGCCAGACUCAGACUCCCUCCCAGCAGGCCUUGCAGCAGUCAGUCCAGCUGACGAUGAGUCAGCAGCAGUCACCCACCAAACCAGUCCAGCAGGUUGGGAUGGGAAAGAGUCCGCCUCACCACCCGGGACUGCAGCAGUACAUGCAGGUCCAGGAGCAGUCGAGUCACAUGUGGAACCAGGCCCAGGCGGCCCUGCAGAAGGUGUCUCCCAUGCAGAUGCCCAUCAAGCAGCCUCAGCAGCAGAAGCAGCAGCAGGCCUUCUACAUGGCAGCUCAGGAUCCUCUGAAGAUGUACGAGCACCAGCUGCAGUCGUCGGCAGUCUCCAGCAUGGACAAGAAGAUGAAGUACCCCGACGUGAAGUUACAGGACUUCUACUGGGACUCGUCUUACAGGAUCGGGGACAGCCUGGCUGUGCUGGCCGACAGAAUGAAGAGGCCAUCGCCGGGGGGUAUCUGCUCAGAGCAGGACGGGCCCCGGGGACCCCCGUUUGAGGACAACAAGAGCUCGCCUCUUCUACCUCCUGACCUGUUAAAAACUCUAGCAGAUUUUGAGGAGGAGGAGGAGCUCGUCUUUACUAAGCCUCCUGAUUUCUUCCAGGCCUUGGCUGGCCCUCUUAGCACUGCUCCUGGACCAAAUAUAUUUGUAUGUAGCCCUGUCUUCCUCACCCAGCACUCUUCCCCAUCCUUAAACCCUGACUUCCCUGCAUCUAGUCUGAAGCCACCCUCUGCUCACCAGAGCUGCUCACAUUUCCAGAUGUUAGAGUUAUUGUCACAAUCUGCAGAAUCCUCACAUUUAGAGGGACAAAGGAGUUCAUCCCAGCAUGCAAGCAUCAUCCUUUGAUAGAGCUUACCUGAUAUGAAUUUGGCUGAUCUCCCAGCAGAGGUCACCCUCUCAGGUGUAUCUACACACCUUCCAGCUCAGCUGCUAUGUUUAGAUCAGGAAGUCGUGUUUUAAUCACAGACUCACUAACUAACUACAGCCGAACUGUUUUUAGCCGCAAAGUCCAGCCGUGUUCAUCCUUUGAUUUUUAUGGGGUUGUGCACCUUGAAGUCGUCUUCCACGGUGCCAGUUUUGACUUGUAGUUUAAUGUCAGAGCUAUCUGAGGGAACCAAGAGUCAAACUGUGAUGCCUGCGGCUCAGAGUGCAGGGUUAACUCCUCCCUUCUCAAAAUGAAAAUCAAGUUUAAGGAUGGUCAAAGGAGCUUGCAAAGAAAAG